CAUUUCUCUUUCGUUGUGAGAAAAGCAUUCCGGUACACAGAAAACAUGUCAGACGUUGAAAAUGAUGAUGUGCCUUCUGCGAUGGCAACAGGAGGUUCAAUGGACGUAAUCACAGCCCUACAAGAAGUUCUUAAAAAUGCUCUUAUCCAUGAUGGUGUUGUACAUGGCCUCCACGAAGCAGCCAAAGCAUUAGACAAGAGACAAGCUAUGUUAUGUAUAUUGGCUGAAAAUUGUGAUGAACCAAUGUAUAAGAAACUAGUACAAGCCUUGUGUAAUGAACAUCAAAUACCUUUAGUUAAGGUAGAUAAUAAUAAGAAACUUGGUGAAUGGGCUGGUCUUUGUAAAAUUGACAGUGCCGGAAAAGCAAGAAAAGUUGUUGGGUGUUCAUGCGUUGUGAUAAAGGACUUUGGUGAAGAUACUCCUGCAAAGGAUGUUGUAAUGGAAUACGUCAAACAGAGUUCUGUACAUUAACAUCUUUUAAUAAAAUAUUGGACAUAA